AUGACGAACAAGGCGAUGUGCGACCUGGAGACGAGGAUAUUCGAUUUGGACCUGUUGGUUGAUGACUACGUGCAGAAUAAGGGGAAAGAAGACGGAUGUGAAGCAGAAUCAGAAAUAAACAGUCAGAUCAUAGCCAUUGAUUCAGUGAUAAGCAGCACCAAUUUGCCUCGGUCUACGAGUCGGAUGUUUCUGAACAGCAAGUUGAAGUACCUUGAUACGUACACGGAUCACACGUACUACGAGACAGUUCGUAGGAGCAGCAAUCUGGAUAAAAUAUACGAUGAUGCAAAUGAAAUAGCAGAAAUAACAGAAUACCUGAAUAAGACGGUGAUAUCACAGGAUGAGCUGAUUGAUGGAGUAUGCAACUUCAUGGUGCAGGCUGAGAAUGAUACGAGAGAGGCAACUGCUGAAUUGGAUCGAGCAAAUGCAAGAGAAGUGGGGAGGAUGAAAGUGUACAGAAUAAUAUUUGUGAUAAUUGGGCUGAUUAUCGGGUACGGAAUAAUACGGUGA